UCUGCAUCAGUCAGUCCAGCCAGAGUGGGGUUUCUGUGCUUAAAAAGUGUCCAUAAUGACAGCGUUUGCCGAAUUUAUGAAAGCUAAGAGAAAAUUGAAUUUCAUCUGUCAUGACUGUCAUUUGCAGAGUUUGGGUGCAUUGAAGAACUGGUGCAGGCUGUGGAAGACAUUGACUGGCUGCUGCCUACUGAUGUGCAGGCUGAGGCCAUUCCAUUAAUCCUUGGAGGGGGUGAUGUCCUCAUGGCAGCAGAGACUGGAAGUGGAAAGACAGGGGCUUUCUGUCUGCCAGUGAUUCAAAUUGUCCACGAGUCACUGCGAGAUGGUGCAAGUGGGAAACUAGAAGGAAAAAUCAAGGCCAAAGCAGAUACCUCUAAGUGGCAGAUGAAUGUGUUUGAUAGAGGGGAUGCCAUGGCUAUUGAUGAGUCAGGCCUUUUGUGCCAGAGCAGAGAGUUCUCAUGGCAUGGGACACGUUCCAACCAAGGCGUUAUUAACAGAGGCAAAUACUACUAUGAAGCUACGGUCACUGACGAGGGCUUGUGUCGUGUCGGCUGGUCCACGUCCAAUGCAAGCCUGGAUCUUGGCACUGAUAAAAACAGCUUUGGGUUUGGAGGCACAGGAAAGAAGUCAUUUGGUCGGCAGUUUGACAGCUAUGGAGAGGCAUUUGGCAAAGAUGACGUCAUCGGUUGCUAUCUAGACUUGGACAAUGGCACCAUCGAGUACGCUAAAAAUGGUGUGUACCUUGGACAUGCGUUUGAUAUUCCUCAGCACCUUCUCAGACAACCAAUGUUCGCAGCCGUUGUUCUGAAGAAUGCUGAAAUGAAUUUCAACUUUGGAGCCACACAGUUGAAGUACAGACUGGAGGGAGGUUAUAAGCCCCUAUGCAAGGCGCCAGAAGACUGUGUAAUGAAAUCCCCUAAUUCAGCUGGACAGCAGGCCAUAUCUGGCAAAGCCCAACCUAAUGCGCCCAAAGCUAUCAUACUUGAGCCGUCAAGGGAAUUAGCUGAGCAGACUCUCAAUCAGAUCCGGCUUUUCAAGAAACAUCUGAACCAGCACAGCCCAAGGGAGUUGUUGAUUAUUGGAGGCAUGCCUGCCAAACAGCAAAUUGAUGCCUUGCAGAAUGGGAUUGAUAUAGUGGUGGCGACCCCUGGUAGAAUUGAUGACCUUAUCGGCACUGGCAAACUCCUACUGAAUCAGGUUCAGUUUUUCAUUCUUGAUGAAGCCGAUGGCUUGCUGUCAGCUGGCUAUGGGCAACAGAUCAGCCGCAUGCAUGAGCAGAUUCCCAAGGUGACCAUAGAUGGGAAACGACUACAGAUGAUUGUUUGUUCUGCAACCCUGCAUUCAUUUGAAGUGAAGAAACUUGCCGAGAAGUUGAUGCAUUUCCCAACAUGGGUGGACCUGAAGGGUCAAGACAGCGUACCAGAGACCGUCCACCACGUGGUCGUCAAGGUGGAUGCCAUCAGCGAUGCCUCCUGGCAACGCAAAGGAAACAAAGUAAAGACCGAUGGUGUACAUAGCAAUGACAGAAUACAGUACGGCAGUCAGAGUAGAGAGACGCUCUCAGAGGCAGUCAAAAUCUUGAAGAUCGAUUACCUGCUGAGAGCCAUUAACGAGCACAACAUGGACCGCGGUAUCAUCUUCUGCCGCACCAAGCUGGACUGCGACAACUGUGAGAAAUACAUGGCAACUCUAGGCGGAGGUCCGCUAGCUCCUGUCAAUCAUCAGUAUUCCUGUGUCUGUCUCCACGGGGAUCGCAAGCCUCCUGAGCGCCGUGACAACCUGCAGAAGUUCAAGGACGGAAAGGUACGUUUCUUAAUCUGCACUGACGUUGCAGCAAGAGGCAUUGAUGUCAAAGGAGUCCCUUAUGUUGUGAAUGUCACACUACCUGAUGAGAAGGAGAGUUAUGUCCAUCGCAUCGGCCGUGUCGGACGAGCAGAAAGAAUGGGACUUGCUAUGUCAUUUGUGUCAGCAGUACCUGAAAAGGUGUGGUACCACUCAUGUCCUAGUCGUGGGCGUGGCUGCUACAACACAGACCUAAAGGAGCAUGGGGGGUGCUGCAUAUGGUACAAUGAAAGGCAGUAUUUAGCAGACAUUGAAGAACAUCUGGGUGUUGUGAUCGACCAAGCUGAACCCAACAUGAAAGUAGCAGUCAAUGAGUUUGAUGGCAAAGUGGUCUACGGACAGAAGAAAAUCAAUACAGGGAGUAACUACAAAGGUCAUGUUGCCGUCUUGGCCCCAUCCGUCAAGGAAUUGGCACAGCUGGAAAAGCAGGCACAGACAUCCUUCCUGGGGUUCUCUGGGGUACAGAACACGCUGUUUGCAGCUUGAUGGGUGGGUCCAAAGACCCAGCAAGACAGAGGAAGUCUAUACCGUUGCCAGUACAGCAAAAUCAUUACUAAACUGGAUAACUACUUAUCUUGCAUGUGAAAACCCCAUCACGAUCAGUGAUUUUUCAAGAAAUCCCAAGUCGUGUCAUCUUCAUUGUCACACGCAGGCUAUCCCAUGUUUGGCCGUCUCUUGUUCUGGUCUUUGUACUUAAAUUGCCACAAUGACAAAUUGGAAGAAGUAAGUGGGACUUUAUCAUGUCACAGUAGGGCUUACUUUAUUAUUCAAUUUCUUUCACAGUAUCUUUUAGUAAGGACACAGGAUUGUGCAUGGAACACUGAAGCAGGAAGUCCAAGAUAUUUGCAGUGCAUGUAUUUGCAGUGCAUGUGCAAUGUGAUACACGUAGUACAGUACAUGUACUCGUAUUGCCAACACAAAGUACUUAAGUUGUAUGUACGACAAGUCGUGUUUCAUUUCAGCAUUUGAGUCAUUUGCAGUCAAAGUGUUCAUUUUUGGCAACAAACCGACAGUUUGUAACCCAGGAGGAGGGCAACGUGAGUUUAUAUUACAUCCUUGAAUGCCCAUUUAAUUUAUUUGGGUUCCAUAUGCACUCUUUAAGGCCAGUUCGUACCUCAUGCUUUAGGUGAAUAUGUGUGAAAGUGAAGCAAAUUUGAUGUCCAGAAAUAUCUGCAGCAAAAUUUUGCUCAAGUGUAAAUGUGUUCACCAUGCGCAAAUUCCUAGUGCAAGCAUUUGAUCUGACUUCACAAAUUCAUGUUCGUGUUCACUUUUGUGUGCCCAGUAUUGCAUUAGUUGACAAAGUGUUACAAAUUAGCAUGCCUUCGAAUCUUACAAGAGUACAUGUGGAUCAGAAGUGCAUAGGUAUGUCAACAGAUCAAGGAAAUGCACCUGUUACUUCUUACUGCCCUCAUGGAAAAAGUGGGUGCAUGUUUCUUAAGGCCAAAAACUAUGCACAUAUAUAUACACAAAAGUUACAGUUCAGUUUUUGAAUGAGCCACUAUUUCAACAAGCCAAGGUCUUUCGGGAACAAAGCGAAUGCGUCAGUGUAUGGCUGUGCUGAUUGGACAAACAAUCACGCCCAUGUGUUGCUGUUCCCGCAUAGCCUCAUACUGGGCAUGUGCUGUUGGGAUACUGAAAUGGCUCAUUCACCCUAGUAUUUAAGAGGAUAAGCUAGCCGUAAAUUGUUUGGCAUUUCAGUACACUAACAAAUUUGAUUUCAAGAUAAUCUUGGCAAAAGAUUCGAAAUUUUGAAUGCAGCGUAGCCAUAAAAAAGGAUUUUCUCUGCCUAUUAAAGAGUUCAUUAAUAAAAGCAAGUCAGUAAAAAAAAUACUGUGUCCAAUCUUUUUUCUCAUGUUUUGUAACAUCGCAUUUGCGUAGGCAAAUAUUAUGCACAAGUACCAUUCUUAACAGCAAAUUAGGUGGGUGUCUGGGCCCAAGCUUAGUUACAUGGAACUGUACACACUAAAUGGUGAGAAUUUUCCCCUUGUUACAGUUGGGUUGUUAUGGAGACCAAAAUUACAUGUAUGAAAUGUCAACAGUAACAUUUGCAACAGAAUGAAUUUAGCCAAGAAUUCCACUUGGGCUACUACAUGUACAUAUCUCUUCCCAAAGAGCCACUACGCAUGCCUUUUCCUAGGUGCUUCAACUGUGCCACACUCCACGUGGAAAUUCACACGGUCACUAAUGAAUUCAUCAGGUGUUCAUGAUCUCUCUUUCGACAUUUCAGCCAGUUUCUUUCACUCACAGAUCGCCUUUUUGCAGGCGUUUUAAGAGAUAUCCAAACAAGUUUGCGUUCGAAUCGUUACACUUGAAGCACGUCUACUAAAAAAAAAUCUUGGUCAAGGUCUUGGAAAGCCGAAAAACAGACUUGCAUGCAAUCAGUACUUCGAAACAAAAUCAACUUUGGCAGAUUGCCAAUU